AUGUCGACCCGCAGUACCCUCUCCCCUUUUCGCAUCUCCCAGCGUGACGGCGAGAAAUUGGACGCCAAUGAAGCCUUCAGAACCAUCCGCGAUCACUUGAGGCGUCAAGAACUGGGCAUGGAAGCUCCCAGUUUUUGUUCGUUCCAUCGUGAUUCCUGCUCCGACGAAGAACAAGAGUGUUUUCGCCUCCAUCGCGAUGUCAUCCACACUCUCUUGCUCCCUCUCUUCCUCCUGCAUCAUCAGGCCUCGCGCAUCGCCGCCAGUGUCUUGCCCACACACAAGGGCGCCGAGUCGGAGCGGGCCUUCCGUGGCGAGGCUCGCAGCGCAUACGCCUGGCUUCAUUGCAUUCUGAGCGAGGAACACGAUUGGUACUUGACCGAACGCUGUCCCGCCUGCAUUGUCCUGCAUGUCUUGCAUUCCGAACCCACCAUCCGCUUCGUGGCGGUCGCCUGUCUUCUGUCCGACCACCUCCAAGGCGUCGAGCUGCUCAAUGGAAAACGCCGUCUCCCUAGCUUCGACUUCUGGCUCGAGGCGCUGGAGACGGCCGUGCGGGAGGAUGAGUUUUGGGGCGAUGAUUUCUGGCCCGACAUCGAAUACCGCGCAUGCAUCCUCACCGAUGGAGUCAAGCAGCUGGUGCUGCAAUGUCUGGAACUUCGGACUGCUUUGGACCGGCAGACCCUGCAGCCGUCCAUGCUGUACAGCAGCCGACCGCACGCUCCUCGACAGCAGCAGAUGCGCUCCAUCGCCGCCAAAUCGAGUCCUCAGAUGAGUGUCGAAGAGCAAAAAUGGUUCAGUCGGGCCGCUGCGAAUCGCUGCGCCCAGACGUACUGGAAUGACCGCCCCCAGCGGUUUCAUACCCGCCGCCAUGCGGAUGCCCGGAGAAGGCCUUCUGCGGCCCUGGACAUUUACCCCAACCUUCAGGACUUCGGGUCUAGACGAGUCUACGACUCCCGUCUCCGUGCGAUCGACCCUCACCCUCUUAUCCGACCGCGUCCCAGCUGGGUGAAGACACCCGUCCCUCUCAAGCGGAAUGCAGUCCGACACGGCUUGUUUGAUGAAGAAUGA